AUAAAGCAUUCACCAAACCAAAAACCAAAUAUAGAAAGCAUUCACCAAACCAAACCAAAAACGGUUGUCCAUCAUCUUUAGGAAAAAAAAACAUAACAGUUGUCCAUCAUCUUGAAAACAAAAACGCAAAAUCAGGUUGUCCUCGGGCUCUUUGACUGGGUUUCCUUGUGCUCUUCUCUUUCCUUUUUCCUCCUUUCAUGGGCUUUUUUGUACUCUUCCACUGCAGCUUCAACUUGAGGUGCAACUGUUCUUGCUUCCGUGAGCACCAUAUGUCUUAUGUAGUUCAUGGGCUCUUGAACAAGGUACAAAGUGAUCUGCAUCCUCCUCACUUGAGUGCAUGGCUAUCAACAUCAACAAACAUGGUGCUUAAUGCAUGAUUCAAAAAUAACAAUCAAGUGUGGUUUUCUAAUAUGCGAACUAGAAUUGUCUUUACCAAAAUAUAAGAGGAGUCCCAGCUUGCGCCAUACAUCCACAUGCAGACCCAGACUCCACUGUCAGACCUACAUAAAAUAAAAGCAUUGCGUGAUAAGAACCAAGUUGAUAAGUCGUCGUUUAAUAUCACACAAAAAUGGGCAUACUUACUGAUAAACCGUUAAUUGCACAUGUUUUCACCCCUAUUCUGGAGCCGUUUGAGGUGUUGAUUCUCGUGUUUUAGGCCGAUUUCACGCUAGGUUGUGCUUGUUUGUGAUAUUUCAGGUCCUAGUACGUGAAUGAAGGUUUGGGAGCGAGUUCGGCGUCGAUUGGACGAAGAUCGGACGUACGGCGAGUCGAUGAGGAAGCCACACGGGCACAAAUACAACCCACACGGCUGUGUGAAGGAGCAAUGUGGCCGUGUGGGAUUAUGCGAGGCUUCACACGGGCAGACUGGGUGAGCCACACGGCCGUGUGUCUCGGGCCGUGUAGGUAGCCUAAAGUGCAAUUAUUGGAAACGCCGCGUUUUGACCUCACACGGGCAUCUGGGUAUGCCACACGGCCGUGUAGCCUGCCCGUGUGAUCGGGAUUUUCUGGUUUUUACCCAAUUUUGGGCCACAAGUGAGAGAAUCGACUUUUGAGAGCAAAAACAGAGCCCUAGAGAGAGAAAGUGCGAAGAACACAUCCUAGAAGCAAUCUUGGAGCUGGGUUUCAUCAAAUUGAGCUUGGAGAUCGUCAUAGGAGUGGAAAUCAUCAUCCCAGAGCAGAUUCUUCCCAUUGUUAUGAGUUUGAUUGUAAUGACUUGGGAUGAUUAUACUGUUUGGUUUUAAUCGAAUGAUGCAUGUUUUAUUGAAUUGAUUGAAGUCUGAUCAGCUUUUCUUGAUUUCUGCUGCAACCUGAGAUAGAUAGAAUCUGAUUAGGUUGUUAGAGCUUCUUCCCUCGGUAGUAAGAGAUUGGCUAUACGAGAGUUAGCCAAUUUACUGCUUUGUACUGGAAUCCAAUUCCAGUAGUGGAGUUCUGUGCUUAUUGCUUCAGCUUUCUAUACCGGUGAAGACUAGUCGUCUGCUGGGUAGUUAGACUGAGGGGGCUUGGUCAGCUUAAGAGAUUCCAAGCUGCUGUCGGAUCUUCCGCAGUCUAAUCAACAGUAAAUCAACCCAGGGUAAUUACAAUUGAGACCUAACUAAAGAGCUAAGGGGACUCAUUCCCGAGUGACUCUUCUUUGCUUGAGAAAACCGUACCAAUUCCUGCUUUCUUACUGCUUUUGCUUAAGACAACAAUCACUUGACUUAGUUGGCUAGAUAAUAGAUAAUCACGGAGUAGGCAGUAGAUCUAGACCCCGGUUUGAUAAUAGAACUUGCCACUUUACUGCAUUCCCGGACUGCGAUUACACUUGGUCGCAGUUUGAUGUUGUGUUUUGGCGUGUCGAAGUUUUUGGCGCCGUUGCCGGGGAACCUCUAGGUUAUUGGGGAAACGUGAAAAUUUGUUACUCUAGCUUUUUCUUUAUUGCAUUUUAUCUCUUCCACCUGUGUGCCUUCACGGGUUGCUUCUGCUAAUUGUGUGCAGGUAGUGCAUGACCCGUAGCCAGUCGGGAGAUCUACUACCAUUAUACCAGGAGCUUGAACGAACCUGCAGGAACUUCAAGCGGGCUCUAAAGGCGCGACUGGCUGCGGAAGAAGAGCUAGCACAGCUGCAGAUCAAAGAAGAAGAAGAAGAAGAAGAAGAAGAAGAAGAAGAAGAAGAAGAAGAAGAAGAAGAAGAGAUGGGGGAUCCACAGGACCAUGAUGUGGUCCUUCCCGAGGAGCAGACCAUGGGAUACUACUGGACCGCCAGGGCUGCGUACAUGAGGUCACCCAUUCAAUACCCUCAUGUCCCAGCCAACAAUUUUGAGGUUAUCACCUCCGUCAUCACCAUGCUGUGCGGUUCGGUAGUGUUCCGAGGCAAAGAGGGGGAGUGCCCCCGAUCACAUCUCAGGCGAUUCCACGAGCUCAUCGAUGGAAUCAAGAUAAAUGGGGUCCCAACAGAUGCCAUCCAGCUGAGGUACUUCCCGUUUACUCUGGAGGGGCAGGCCAAGGAGUGGCUAAACACUCGACCUCCAGGAUCUAUCACCACGUUCGCCAACCUGGCGGACAAGUUCCUCACCCGCUAUCAUCCUCCGUCAAAAACGGCGGACUUGCAGAAGCAGAUCACCCACUUCAUCCAUGAUGAAUAUGAGACCAUCCGGGACACCUAGGAGCGAUACAAUAGUCUCUUCCUG